AGGCCCACUCACUGCGAUCGCUGGGCACAGUGUUAGGGUUUGUUUAGUGUUGUUUUCGCCUCCGCCCCCCUAUCAGAGAAUUUACAGCCACAUCCCACAGCCCACAGAAAUGUGGUUCCUGUCUGAAAUUUAGCAUGAGGUAUUUUAAGAUAUAAGAGAUUGAACCAAUUUACUUUUAUCCCUGUCUGUAAUGAACAAAUCAAAAUUUUUGGGUUGGGUCCUAUAACCUCUAAAUAAUCAGAUUGAUCAAGGUGUAAAAAAGAGACCAGAUUGAACAAUCACAAGGCUUUAUCAAAACAACAGACACAGAUUGAAGUGUCGUUUGGCGAUUAAACCCAGAACCCUAUUGCACCCACGAGCGUGGUUCUGUUUACAAUCAGGUUUGAAGGAAAAAGUGUUGGAAAAUGGUCGUGAGGAUUCGGCUGUCCCGGUUCGGGUGUAAGAACAAGCCGUUCUAUCGGGUUAUGGCUGCUGAUAGCAGAUCCCCAAGAGAUGGCAAGCACCUCGAAGUUCUUGGUUACUACAAUCCUUUGCCAGGUCAAGAUGGUGGCAAGAGAAUGGGUCUCAACUUCGAAAGAGUCAAGUAUUGGCUUUCUGUUGGAGCUCAGCCUUCGGAGCCGGUGGAGCGUCUUCUAUUCCGGGCUGGUGUGCUGCCACCGCCGCCAAUGGUGGCAAUGGGGCGGAAAGGUGGACCACGUGAUACUCUCCCUGUUGAUGCACUAACUGGACGUGUCCUGAAUCAAGAAAAGCCAGCUAAUGCGAAUAACAAUGAGCAUCAACAUGACACUCCUGAAAACUCUUAGCACAUGUUUGAUUCUCUGUUACAUCAAGUUCAAUCCAUGUCAUAUAGAAGCUAAUAGGAGUAGCUUCUGCGUGUUGGACAUGAAUUUUUUUGGUGGAUGGAGUUUAUGGGCAUGGAUCCAAACAUUCUCUUAGAGUGUCGUAUUUUAGGAUCUUUCUGUCCCUUUGUCAUUGAUGGUUUUAUUUGAGAUAUAUCUUUAAUAUCUAUGUUCCAGAUUGACUUUACGAAUCAAAAGAAAAGAAUAAUUGCUGUUUGCUUGGGGAAUUUGGGUUGUUUUGUGGUGGGGCAAGAGCAAGACUGGUCAAAUUUUUAGGCUGCUAAACAUUAUGUAUAAAGGAAUUGCGUGAACUCAUUGAAUGGACAGGUUGACUUGCUCUUGAAUUGCGUGUUACUUUUGUUUUGUGGAACUUUUGAAAGUUGCUAGGGCAAUAGCAAAGUAGUUCACUUCAUUUGAUUUUUUCCUCUUGUACACUGUAACUAAAUGCAUUUGUAAUAUUUCUGUACUCUAGUUGAUUUCUUUGUUUCUGCA